UUUGCCCUGCAGAGGACCAGGGAGAAGGCAGGAGGGAGCCGCAGAGCCAGCGCCAGCGCGUCAGGGAGGUGGCUGUUAGUGUGGAAAGCUCGGCACUUUCUCCACUACUGAAGGUGUGUAGCACAGAGCUCUGGGAGCUCCGCUGGAAGAAGAGGCUCAGAGCAACAGGUGCGACCCCAAGGCACUGCGGGAGCCAGAGGAUACGGCCGGCAAGGGAUUAGAACCUAUUGGUAAGGCUCAGAAGAUUCUCCACCUGCAGAUCGUGAGUCCCACCAGCCCAGCUUGUAGACUGCCAGCGAUCGGAGUCGCUUGUGUUCUGGAGCCCAUCGCCCCCGCCUGGGAAGGCUCGACUCCGGACUUGCAGCACCGCCCCCUCUUUAGCCAGGCCGGGCGUAGGGGACAGUUCGACCAGGCACUACCGGACGCUGCCCCCUGCUCUCCUGCCGGCUGAGGGAGGUUCCUGCUGGAGAUACCCGCUCUCCUUGCCUUGUGCUGGGCCAGUUGGCGAUCAUUGGCUGCCACCAGAGCCCGCUUUCCCCGCCUGGCACACCUUCCCAGCGCGCUCCGUUGCACAGACACCGAGGGGUGUCCCGUAAGUGAUGGAACUGGCUACCUUGAACCUCAGCACGGGGAACGGGAGCGAUCCAGAGGCUCCCGCUGAGGAGUCCAGGCCGCUGUUCGGCAUCGGUGUGGAGAACUUCAUCACGUUGGUGGUGUUUGGCCUGAUUUUCGCGAUGGGCGUGCUGGGCAACAGCCUGGUGAUCACUGUGCUGGCGCGCAGCAAACCUGGCAAGCCGCGCAGCACCACCAACCUGUUCAUUCUCAACCUGAGCAUCGCAGACCUGGCCUACUUGCUCUUUUGCAUCCCCUUCCAGGCCACCGUGUACGCACUGCCCACCUGGGUGCUGGGCGCCUUCAUCUGCAAGUUUAUACACUACUUCUUCACCGUCUCCAUGCUCGUGAGCAUCUUCACCUUGGCCGCAAUGUCUGUGGACCGCUACGUGGCCAUUGUGCACUCGCGGCGCUCCUCCUCUCUCAGGGUGUCCCGCAAUGCGCUGCUGGGCGUGGGCUUCAUCUGGGCGCUGUCCAUUGCCAUGGCCUCGCCAGUGGCCUACCACCAGCGCCUCUACCAUCGGGACAGCAACCAAACCUUCUGCUGGGAGCUUUGGCCCAACCAACUCCACAAGAAGGCUUAUGUGGUGUGCACUUUCGUCUUUGGCUACCUUCUGCCUUUACUGCUGAUCUGCUUUUGCUAUGCCAAGGUCCUUAAUCAUCUGCAUAAAAAGUUGAAGAACAUGUCGAAAAAGUCAGAAGCAUCCAAGAAAAAGACUGCGCAGACUGUCCUCGUGGUGGUUGUGGUUUUUGGCAUAUCCUGGCUGCCCCAUCAUGUCGUCCACCUCUGGGCUGAGUUCGGGGCAUUCCCGCUGACCCAAGCUUCCUUCUUCUUAAGGAUCACUGCCCACUGCCUGGCAUACAGCAACUCUUCGGUGAACCCCAUCAUAUAUGCCUUCCUCUCAGAAAACUUCCGGAAGGCGUACAAGCAAGUGUUCAAGUGCCACAUUUGCAACGAAUCGGUCCCCAGCGACACUAAAGAAAACAAGAGCCGAAUAGACACCCCGCCAUCCACCAACUGCACCCACGUGUGAAGGCGCACUGGGACCACCUGCCCCCCAGCUCCCAUGUGGGUAGAGAGAAGAGGAUGCAGUGGAUGAUCACGAAACACGGCAGCUCGUUCUCCUGACCACAAUCCAUAUCAUUCUAAAUACAUUCCACAGCUGCUAAGGUACUUUGAUUGUUGAGGAA